UGCAGUGGAAGAAAGCGCGAGCCAACGACUUGGGCUGAAAAAAUUUUCUCGCGGGACAAGUUGGCCCCUUCGUUGAGCCACCCGCGCGGGUACAGAGACAGGUAUCAAUAAAAACGAGGAGCCGGUAAAGACGCCAGGGGGUGACGGUGAGCUGCUGCGGUGCCAAAGAGGGUGACCACCGGAGUGGCGCGGUCGGCAUGGCCUCGGCGACGAUGACGACGACCACCGGCACGACCCUCGAGCACCCGAGCCAACAGAGCACGCGUCGGCUCAAUGGCUACGCGGGACCCCUCAACGGACACCCCAGGCCUGCCUACUACGACGAGAGGGAAAAAACGAGGGACGAGGGAGCGAGGAAUUGCACAUUAAAGUCGCCACAGUACAAAGAGCUCUACGAAAAAGUUCCCUUCAUCACGGCUGCCCUCACUCACUUUGGCUUUUACGUACUCAUGUUCUUAGGAUUUGUAAACCAAUUACUUUUUACGCCAAACGUAGCCAAAGAGCAAAAUAGAAAGGGGUAUGCGCCGCUUUACGAGAAUUUCGAAAAGUUUUACCUGAACUACGUCUACAGGCGAAUAAAAGACUGCUGGAACAGGCCAAUUUGUUCGGUGCCCGGGGCAACUGUAACCCUGAAAGAUCGCGUAACCCCCGACCACGGGUGGACGUUUAAAUUCACGGGCACCAAGACCGAGUGCAUAAAUCUCGGUUCGUACAACUACCUUGGAUUCGCCGAGUCGUCGGGGCUGUGCGCCCAAGAGAGCAUAAACGCAUUAAAACAGUACGGCUGCGCUGGUUGCAGCAGCAGACUAGAAUUAGGAAGCAUGCCGAUACAUGAUGAGCUGGAAAAACUCACGGCGAGAUUUUUGGGGGUCGAGGAUGCCAUAGUUUUCGGCAUGGGCUUUGCCACGAACGCCUUGAACCUGCCAUCCUUGAUAUCCCGGGGUUGUCUCGUUUUGAGUGACGAGAAAAAUCACGCCUCCCUCAUUCUGGGCUUGCGACUUUCGGGCGCCACGACUCGGGUUUUCAAGCACAACGAUGUCAAGCAUUUGGAAGAGUGCCUGAAGAGAGCCAUUUCGAGCGGACAGCCGGGGACCGGGGAGUCGUGGAAAAAAAUUGUCAUAGUUGUCGAAGGUAUUUACUCGAUGGAGGGUACCAUCGUUCGUCUCCCCGAGAUGCUCAGGCUAAAGAAAAAGUACAAGGCGUACAUCUAUUUGGAUGAGGCACACAGUACCGGGGCAAUGGGAAAGCGUGGACGAGGAGUGUGCGACUAUUACGGCGUCGAUCCCAAAGAAGUUGACAUUCUCAUGGGCACAUUUACCAAGAGUUUUGGAUCAGCUGGCGGUUACAUAGCAGGAACGAAGGUGUUGAUCAAUCACUUGAGAAUACACAGCCACGCGCACACUUAUGCGGUAGCUAUGGCACCUCCGAUUGCUCAACAAAUUAUCACGUCGAUGAAGAUAAUUGCCGGUGAGGAUGGCACAGAUGCCGGCAAGAAAAAAAUAAAGCAGCUGGCGAGAAAUACGAGGUAUUUCCGACGUCGGUUGAAUCAGAUCGGUGUGAUUAUUUAUGGAAACAACGAUUCUCCCAUUGUGCCGAUGCUUGUGUACCUGUACUCAAAAAUCGGUUCUGUGGUACGAAUCCUGACAACACGGAAUAUAGCCACAGUAGGGGUCGGUUUUCCUGCCACGCCACUAAUGGAAGGAAGAAUACGAUUCUGCUUGUCAGCAGCUCAUACCAAAGAGCAGCUUGAUUAUGUAUUGAAUAACAUUGAGGACAUUUCCAACGUGCUUGGAUUGAAAUACUCUAAAAAGCUACGUGAUCCCGACUCGAUAGAGUAUUACUCAGAUAGCGAGACAGAAUGACCUAUCUUACAAUGAAGGAGGAUCACAGAGAUUAGCAUUUUUUGUCAAUGACAAUUACAUACUGAAAAUGUUCAUGCCUGGUGUACGCAUUGAGUCGUACCUAGAAUUAGCGCGUGGAUUCGAGAUUUUUUGCAUGAAGUUGAGGGUAAUAACAAUAAUUCAUGGUAGUGCAACUGUUUGACAUACAGUUCGUGAUAGAUAGACCAAUUUGAUAAUAAUUCUUCGCAUCUGGACUCUUUGGUCUACAUAGUAUACACCAUUCAAACGAAUAUACACUUUUUUAGGAUAUAGACACCUACUGUGAAACAAAGAUAACAAUUGAAAUUUGUUUCUACCAUGCAAUAAAUACAAUGUAAUGCAGCAAAACGAGCACUGAUAAUCUGUUUAAUUACACAUCGCGCAGUAAUUAAAAAGUAAGAUGAUUUCCUGUAUCAGCAAAUCAAUAAAGUUCUUAGAAUGAUAGAGGGGGGGAACUUAAAUCUCUAUAGAAACUUAACGAUUGUUUCAUAUUUUUUUUAUUAUCAUGUGUUCGAAAUAGGAACAAAUGUUUAAUAAUACUUAUAUUUUGUAAAAAGGAUAGAGAACUAGUUUACAUAAAUUAGAAUAUGCAUAGCUCAUACCCUAAUUCAUCAAUCUACUGUAUGCGCACAAGUCAUUAUGCAAUAAUUUCAAAUAAAAGGAAAGAAAAGUUAUUUCACACAAGCCUUUGCUAGUAUCAACUCACGUAUUGCGAAAAUAUCUUUUAAUUACACCCUAUACCAGUACAUACACGUAGGUUGAUUUUUGUAAUAAUUGUUCGAACAAAAUUCUUGUGUGAAAUAUAUUAAUAUUGAAUUAUCA